GACUUAUAAAUGUUUUUGUACUUUAUCUGAACUAAAAUAAAUAAAAGAAAAAUAAUGAGCUACAGCACAGACAAACACGACAUACCACCAACAAAGGAAGACUGGUUGAUGAUACUAGAGGACAACGAUCUCGGCCGCAGUAGCAUGAACAAACUUAUCAUGAAUUAUCUAGUCACAGAGGGGUUCAAGGAAGCCGCAGAGAAGUUUCAACAGGAGUCUGGAGUUAUACCGUCUGUGGAACUUCAUUCUCUAGAUGACAGGAUUAGGAUUAGAGACGCCAUUAUGACUGGGAAGAUUCAGGAAGCUACAGCUUUAAUAAAUCAAUUGCAUCCAGAGUUAUUGGAUAAUGAUAGAUAUCUUUAUUUUCAUUUACAACAACUACAUCUCAUAGAAUUAAUUAGAAAUAAUAGAAUAGAAGAGGCACUCGCCUUUGCCCAAAGUCAUCUCAGUGAAGCUGGUGAAGAAGAUCCAUCUGUACUAUCAGAAUUAGAAAGAACCGUAGCUCUUUUAGCAUUUGAAGAACCCCUUUCAUCUCCGUUUGGGGAUUUGUUAGCUCCAUCACACAGACAGAAGGUUGCCAGUGAAGUGAAUGCCGCUAUUUUAAAAAUGGAACAUCAGGAAAAUACCGCACCACAGGUUUCUACCCUUCUUAAACUCAUUUUGUGGGGACAGGAUAAGUUAACAAAGAGGAAUGUCAAGUAUCCAAAAAUGGUAGAUCUAGCUUCAGCAAAAAUUGAAGAUCACAAAUAAAUGAAAUUUUAAUUAUAUAUUUUAUGGAUGGUGUGUCAAUGAAUAUUUUAACAAAGAAUCUUUUAAAUAUUGUAUAUAGGUAGAAUUUUUUGCUCCAUUCGUCCAACAUAAGUAUUCAAUUUCUAUUUUUAUUUCCUGUUCUUGAAUAAGCGUCCGAUGUAUUUGAAAUUUAUAUAUAAAUAUUACUUAUGACAAACUUUUAGGUGACAUUUGUAUCAUCUUCAUCAUUUUCUUUUAUUUGAUUCAUUAUAUAGGUUAUGUUUUCUGCCAUACACUGCUGGUGAGGCAGAAAAACUUGUAACCCAACAUUAAAAAACAACUCUGAGUAAAAAACUACAAAACUUUUUGACUGUGAAAGAUAUAUCCAUAAAAAAUUGUCAAAAACUUUUAAAAUGAAAUCUGCCGUUACUUAAUUAUUUACAAACAUUAAAAUCAGUAAUAUUUUCAGUUUUUGGGACUCUAGAUCGCUGCAUAUAACAUUAAUUGAGUAAUUUCUUUCAUACUAUGUAGUUAAUAAAAAUUCUAUAUUAAACGGUUAAAACAAUUUAAACAGUUUUGAACCUAUUUUCGAAAGCCUAGUGCAAGAUCCAUUUUUUCCAAAAAUUAGCUAGUUUUUUAAUGAUUUUUCGUGUCAUUAAGAAAUGUAGACUUUCCAGGUCAGUUUAUUGUGUUCCAACAUUUCGUCUAUUGUUGCAACAGGUUGGCAAGUGGCUUAUGACUUCUCCAGUUUCAUUAUAUUCGUCUAUGUUUCAGAUUUUGAUGAUUGAUAUGUUUUGUAUUGAAAAAUUAUGACAUUUGAUUCAUUUCUUCUUGACUUUUUUUCUCACAAUUAAAGGUAACCAUUUUUCUGAAUUUCUAGUUGCUCCAGUAGAUCAAUUUUACUGUUUAUUUGUAGGCUUCGUCAAGUCCUGCCCUUUGGCGCUAUGGCCUUAUCAAACCAUGGUAUUUUACACUAUCUUCUUUUAAUCCUCAUUGUUUUGAGUUUAUCACUGUCACAUCAAGCUGCUUGAGGUAAUUAUCUAUGUCAACUAGCCAUCUUUACAUAUAUGACUUUACAGAUUUUUUGUUCUUCUUGCUUUAGGCAUUUGCUGUAGGUUACCAAGCCAUCUUGAUCUAUUACUUUUGAUUUCUUUUGAAAUAUUGGAUUACCAUACUGUUCUCAGUAUGCCAAGUAAGUUCUGAGUCCUCUAACCGAUCCAAAACAUAUAUUGCUUUAGCCCAGUUAGAGUUACUAAUGGGGGAAAGUUAGGGUUACUGUGGGGUAGGCUGUUAUUUAGAAUUUUAAUUACCCAUUUUCUAUUCUUUUAUAUUAUUACUUAAAAAUAAUUAAUACAGAUUAUUGAUAAUUUGUACAGAUUAUGUAAAACCUAAAAAAUGACAAUUUCGUUUUUAAAUAUUGUCUAUAAGUUGGUAAUUCUCUUAAUAAAACUUGUGAAACCUCACAGUUUUAGCGGUACAUGUCAAUAUUUCCUGUGCUCAUGUGAAAAGCGAAUUUAAUUCCUCAGUUUCUUACUUAAAUCUGCAAAUUAUUUCGAAAAGCGUUUAAGUAUUUCAAGAUUUUACAGACUUUAUAAACAUAUAAGCAGAAUAUACAGAGAGUAUCGAUAAUACAUUGAGUUUUGUUACAUACUUAUUGCAAUAGAAUGUCCAGAUUCUAAAAUUUAUAACAACACACUAAUUGAAGAGUUAUUUUAUUGAUACAUCAUCCAAUGUUAUUUAUUUAGAUGGGGAUAAUAAUAUAUAAUAUUUGACUCUUUUCUAAUGUAUGUAGUUAAAAUAUGUGUAACAAAAAUUUGUAAAAAAUUUGUGACUUUUAGACUGUGAACUUUUAUACUUUUAGCGGUAUAUUGUAGUUAAGUUGAAUAUAUUUUUUUUUCUAUGC